AUGCAUUUCAUAUACCUAUGUUUAAUAUUGCUGCUCGAUCUAAUUGUUAAAUUUACAAAUGGUACUGAACAAAAUCGUUCGACUAAUCAAACAUUUCAAUGGCGUUGUCAUUUAGUGAGUGAACGUCGAUUAGAUUGUCAAAACUUAUACAAUUUUUAUUUUUCAUCACAUUCAUUCUGUGCAGAUGAUGACGGUUUAUUAGGUCGGCAAAAUAUAGAUGAAUUACAUAUUUACAAUGAUUAUAAUUGUUUCGAUCAUGAAUUUCAAUGCUAUUUCGAAUUCGAUUCAACGUGGACUAAGUGUCUUCAAUCGUUGAAAAAAUUAGUUAUAGAAAAUUUAAGUUUUAUUGUACGAUAUUCGGAUACACAAAAAUUAUUACCUGUUGAUUAUCUUAAAAUUGUUAAUGCGCAUGGUAGUAUAACCGAACUAUUGGGUCAAUUCGAAUUUUCAAAUAAAUCAAGUAUCUACAUACAAAAUCCUCAUCCGAGAUGGUCAGGAAUGGAUCUCUAUGCGAUUUAUUUAAAAUCUGCAACUGUUAGAUUAAAACAAUUGUGGAUUAAUGUUCUCGAUUGGUAUCCGAUUGCUUAUUUGAGAUAUGAUCAGAUGGCAUAUCUUCGACUAUGGUUACUUAACAUUCGAUGUCUUCAUAUUGAAUUAGGCGAUUGCAGGUCAUAUUACCAUGACAUGAUAGUUUUACGUGAUUUAUUUGGUUCUCGACAAGAAAUUACUAAUGAACUAUAUUGUUAUUCAUAUAAAGGCGGCAAACGUUCACAUUGGUCACAAGUUCCUGAAUUAUGCUACAACUAUAUAACGCCAAGACGGUCAUCAUCUAAUUCAUUAUCGACGGCAGAAUUACAGGAAAAAUGUUUCGACCAAUUUACAAAAGACUACUAUACAGUGAAUGCAAAUACAGAUCUUCUUGAAUUAUAUUCAAAUUUUCGUAAAUAUGAAUCACAUUCAAUACCAUUAUGGACAGUAUAUUCAUAUGCAACAUUACCAAACUUACCAACCACUUCGACAAUCGCAACCAUAACAACAGCAUUCGCCAAUCGACGACCAGUACAUCCAUCUACAAUAGAUUAUUUAAAUAUAUAUAGUUAUGCAUUCGCAUCAAAUGAAACACGUUGGUUAUCAUAUGUAGAAGCUUAUCCUGAUGGGAGAUUUAUAAUAAUUGAUAAUAAAAAUCAACAAAUAUUAUUACUCAAUGAAAAUGGUACAUUUCGUAUUGAUUUAACGCCAAUAUAUUUUCGUCAAAUACAAGCGAAACUUGAUGAAUUAGCUCCACAACCAAAUGUUCAUAGUUCUUAUUCAUUUUCAAAACUACAUAUUGAUCAAGAUGGAUAUACUUAUUUAAUUCCAACACUGGCUUAUUACAUAUACGUGUUUUCUCCUCAUUACCGUCUUAUUCGUUGUCUAACGCCACAACUAUUAGGUAUAUCUUCAAUGCGUAGUGAUUGCCUUACAACUACGCAUACAGGUUUAAUUUAUGCAUGUGACGAUGCUUAUCGAGUUAUAAGAAUUUAUUCGCGUAUGGGUAUUCCUCAUAGAACAGUGAGGUUAGAUUAUUUACCUCUCAAAUUAUUUAUUAGCAAUAAUCGAAUGUUUACUUAUUCGCUUGAAAAUUUAGCUACGAUACAAAUGUAUACACUAACUGGUGUUCUAAUUAAGAAAUUAUCAAUGUGUUCUUAUAAUGUACCAUCGGAAGUGAAUUGGUUCCGAGGUAAAUAUUUUCUCACCUGUGGCACUUAUCUUUACGUUAUCAAUGAGCAAGGAGAACAAUUAGCUGAACAUAGUCUUCAACAAUUACUCGAUUAUCCUAAUUCAUUAGUCACGAUACAUGAUUUUGCUCUGAAUAAAAAUGGUAUUAUACUUGCUACAUUUCGGCGUAAUGGAACACUAUUUAAUCGUUACUGGAUAAUUAAACCGGCAACUUCCUAA